GCAGAGCUCCAACUAAGGCGAGUGUUUCUGUCUAAAGAUAAUACAAAGAUAAUCAAGAUCAAGUCUCUGUUCCACACUGAUAUGGCUUCCGUCAGCAGUCUGCUCGCUGAAGAUCAGUUUCUGUGCUCCAUCUGUCUGGAUGUGUUCACUGAUCCGGUCACUACAUCAUGUGGACACAACUUCUGCAAAAACUGCAUCAAUGAACACUGGAAUACUAGUGACCAGUACCAGUGUCCAAUGUGUAAAAAGGUUUUCAUCUCAAGACCCGAACUGCACGUCAACACUUUCAUCUCUGAGAUGGUUGUUCAGUUCAGACAGUCAGCUCAACAGAAAGCCAGCAGCAGCAGCUCAGAGCAACAAGAGUCCAAACCAGGAGAAGUUCCCUGUGACGUCUGCACUGGAACCAAACUGAAGGCCCUGAAGUCCUGCCUGGUGUGUCUGGUCUCCUACUGUGAGACUCACCUGGAGCCUCAUCUGACAACGACAGGCCUGAAGAGACAUCAGCUGAUCGACCCUGUGGAGAACCUGGAAGGCAUGUUGUGUACGAAGCACGAUAAACCUCUGGAGCUGUUCUGUAAGACCGACCAGACAUGUGUCUGCAUGCUCUGCACUGUUUUAGACCACAAGAUGCACGAGUUUGUUCCUCUGAAAGAAGAAUAUGAAGAAAGGAAGGUCAAACUGGAGAAGACAGAGGCUGAAAUUCAGCAGAUUAUCCAGGAGAGACAAUUAAUGAUUCAGAAGAUCAAACGGUCAGUCAUCGUAAGCAACAAAAACACAGACAGAGAGAUCGCAGAAAGUGUUCGGGUCUUUACAAUCCUGAUGAAGUCUGUUGAGAGAGGCAUGAACGAGCUCAUUGAGACAAUUGAAGAGAAGCAGAAAAAUACAGACAAACAGGCGGAAGAAUUCAUCCAGGAGCUGGAACAGGAAAUCUCUUUGCUGUCCGAGAGAAGUGCUGAGGUGGAACAGCUCUCACUGUCUGAAGACCACCUCCACCUCCUCCAAAGCAUCCCGUCCCUGUAUGAUGUUCCACCCACCAAGGACUGGAAAGAGGUCAGCAUCCAUCCAUCAACACAUGAGGGUACUGUGGUGAGAGCUGUAGCUCACCUGGAGGAGACACUCAGUGAAGAGAUAAAGACGCUGGUUGAAGCUGAGCUGAAGAGGGUCCAGAAGUAUGCAGUGGAUGUGACUCUUGAUCCUGAUACAGCUCAUCCUGAACUCAUCCUGUCUGAUGAUUGGAAACAAGUGCAUCAUGGUGAUGUGAAGAAGAAUCUCCCAGACAACCCAGAGAGAUUUUGCACUAGUCUUUGUGUCUUGGGAGAGCAGAGUUUCUCGUCAGGAAAAUUUUACUAUGAGAUUCAGGUGAAAGAAAAAACAGAGUGGGAUUUAGGAGUGGCCAGAGAGUCGAUCAACAGGAAGGGACUCAUCACACUGAGCCCUGAAGAUGGCUACUGGAUUAUAUGGUUGAGGAAUGGAAAUGAGUACAAAGCUCUUGAUGACCUUGAUGUCAGUCUCUCUCUGAAGUCUCAGCCUCAGAAGGUGGGGGUGUUUGUGGAUUAUGAGGAGGGUCUGGUCUCCUUUUAUGACGUAGAUGCUGCCGCUCUUAUCUACUCCUUUACUGGCUGCUCCUUCUCUGGGAAACUCUUCCCUUACUUCAAUCCUGGUCUUAAUGAUGAUGAUAAAAACCCCACCCCUCUUAUCAUCUCUCCUGUCAAUCAAAAGUAAACCGAUCACUUCAUUGUCUUUAAAACAGAUUCUGUAUCAUACAAGGUUACAAACAAAGCUGUGGACUAUUGUCUCAUAGCUUUGACCCAAGAGCAAGUCAUGAAUUUGAUGAUUUCAUACUCAUAUGUCCCGUGACUUCACUUGGAAAUGAGUCACCUAUGUUGAUGGACUUCCCCUUCCCAAAAAAGAGGAAGAUUCUUAACCGGACCAACAGCUUAAGAGAGAAGACUUUUACAGCAUUCACAUCAUUAUUCGUUAUUAUCAUUUAUGCCUCCAAAGACAUUUUAAAGCUUUUGAAUAUCUCACCUAAAUGGAACCUAAAUGGAAUACAGCUAUUAAUGAUAUUUAUCACUCCUGUCAAAAGCAAAAAUGUCAACAAUGAGAAAGCUUGACAACCCUUCACUGUGGUUAUGAACAGAAGGAUAGUACUGUUCAUAAAUGUAUAUUCUGUAUGGCUAAUCAGCUAAUUGGUGUGAACUAGCUUCCGUUCUUUACAGCUUCAUGCUCCAAUAGCCAUGUUGAGUGUUUUCCUAAUAGAGUUUCUAUUAUCAACCUGUUUGAACCAUGACACUGGGUUUUUCUUUCUGUGCUUUAUUGGUAUCUACUGCUGUACUGUAUAUAACAAAACCAGGACCACACACUGUCAUUGAUAGUUUUACAAUAUAUGUUUUACAUUAUGUUAAUAUACAUUUAAGCAUUAAUCAGUUGCUGUUGGGACUUGAAACACAACAUUUAGGACUGCCAACUGGAUUGUCAAGAUUUGAUACCAGCACCAAACUGACUUGAUCCUACCUCUGAAGAGGUCAAAACUCCCACGAGAUUCUGUUGCAUAUAGAACAUUAUUGUUUAGACCAACACGUUUCUGCUUCAUCAGGGUUAUCCGUUCCUGACUCUGGGCAAAAUCUACAGAUACAUUAUAUUGUUAUGUUCAUUUUUAGCAGACUCUGAGUGAUGUGCUUCAUUCUUGAUACAUGUAGUGAAGACAUUAUUGGAUGGUUUCAUGAUAUUAGUACACACAUUUAUGGUCCCCAGUUUAUUUUCUACAUCAAAUAAUGUAUACUUUAUACUUAUAUAAAGGAACAAUAAAGGAAAUGUAAAUGUGUGUUUUUUGCUUGACCUGAGAGUUUUAUAUAUCUAAU